UCGGCGUCGUCGGGGUCCGGAGGGGCGAAACAGCCUAGAGCGAACCUGACCGACGAGCAGAAGCGCGAGAACCACAUCCGGAGCGAGCAAAAGAGGAGAGACCUCAUCAAGGACCACUUCAACGACCUUGGCGCCAUCGUCCCCGCGCUCAAGUCUGGGGGCUACAGCAAGGCCGUCAUGCUCAACCUCUCGGCCGACUGGCUUGUCGAGGUCAUGGCGGGAAAUCAACGCCUGAUGGAGAGU